CAGCCUAGCCUCCCGGAAGUGCGGACAUUGCCCUGGGCGUUUUGGUGGGGUUGGAGCUCUCGCACCUGGUCUCUGUCAGUGUGCUGGUACCCUGCCCUCGCCUCGCCUCUCGUCUCGGUCCGGUCCUCGUCCAUCGACCUCGGUGUCCCUUCCUUCCUUCCCUGGCGGUUUGGUUCUCAUCCUUGGAUCCGCACGGUGAGAGCCGCUUCUCUCUGAGCCUCUGGCCCCUUUGCCUCCCUACUUUUUGAUCGUUGUCUGUGGUUUCCCCUGUUCCUGUCGGUUCCAUCAAGGGAAGCGACUUCACGACUCUACUUAGGCUGUUCUGGUGGAUCCCUAGCCCUUUCCUCUGUCACUUCCAUUGUCCUCUUAGACUAAGUUUCGGACAUCCAGCCCGGGACAAUGGUGUGCAUUCCUUGUGUCGUCAUUCCAGUUCUGCUCUGGAUCUUCAAAAAGUUCCUGGAGCCGUACAUCUACCCGCUGGUUUCCCCCGUCAUCAGCCGUAUAUGGCCUAAAAAGGCUGUACAAGAAUCCAAUGGUAAAAAUAUAGGCAAAGUAGACUGCCAGGGUGCAGAUGUCAAUGGCUUACCCACAAAAGGAGCAACAGAGGUCUCUGAGAAGAAGAAAAACUAGUGUGGUUUUCCUGUAGCCCUCAGCUGUUUUCAAAUGGACCCGAUAAUAUGAAGCACCUUCUUUGUCUCUUGACUUUUUUCUCUGAGACCAGGAGUAUAGAUAAGCAGUUUAGCUAUCUGCCUGAUGCUGAUCAGGAAGAACGUGUAUUUAUAUUUAAAGUGUAAGUAGUUAUAUUUAAUGACCUCACCCUGAGUUUCUUGUUCAUUAAAGUAGCUUUCAUUUCUACUAAUAAGAAUAAACAGAAGGUUUGUGUGAGCAGACACUCAGAACGUGGCGUCCUUGGGCCUUUGCAUUCUUUUGGUUCCUGUGGGCUCUCGUACUUGAGUGUCCAGUACAGAAUGAGGUGUGAAAGAUGAAAUUACUGACGAACACGGUGGAGAGCUGAGACUUAAGAGUCGUUAUUGUGCUAAGGAACCUGGAAAAGAAGGAACUAGAGGGAACUUCUUUGAAAAAUGUAACAUCAACAUCAGUGUCGAUCACAAAUUCUGAUUCUGCUGUACCUCUCGUCCUGCAGGCGCAUUAAACAUUCAUUUUAACUUGU